AUGUGUGAUACAUCAGCCUCAUGUUACUCUAGCUUGUAUAAAUCAAUUAACUUCUCCACACAGUUGAACAGUUCUAAACGUGAGGAAUUACUAAGCAUUUUUUGGGAAGAAUUUGAAGAGUCUAGAAAUCAGUCGAAAAUUCCCACUGUAUUAUUUGCAACAACAAUUAUCAUAUUUUUAGGAAUGAUCCUAUUCGGUGCAUUUGGCAGUAGUUUAGUGAUCUAUGUUGUCCUGAGAAAACGUUCUAUGCGAACACGUGGAAAUUUAUUCAUCUUGAAUUUAGCUAUUUCUGAUUUAACGUUAUGCCUUAUUACACAACCAUUUAAUCUGUUAAGAUUGUUAACGGGUAACCGUAAUUGGGCGCUUGGAUUAUUUAUGUGUAAAUUUUCUGCAAUGUUUCAGGGGACUAAUAUAUUUGUAUCGACAAUUAGUAUAACAGCGAUUGCAAUUGAUCGAUUUCAAUGUAUAAUUUAUCCAACAGCAAAUCGUGGAAGUAAUACAACAGCGAUAAAAGUCAAUUAUAUCACAUGGAUUACAGCAUUUAUUCUAGCCAGUCCACUAGUCUACUUUUCACGUAUCACAGAAAUGAAUCAUUUGCAAUGCACAGAAAAAGCCGAUAAUCCAACAACACAAAAAUUUAAAUUAUUCUAUUCAUUAGCUGCAUUAAUUAUACAAUAUAUGACACCAUUAGUGAUUGUAACCAUUGUUUACUAUCGUAUUUGUUUAAGUAUACGUGAUCGUAAAGAGCGAGCAAUUCAAAAAUUUGCCUCUCACAAAUUAUUCGAGCUAAUAAUGAUCCACAGAAUGAUAAAUAUGAAUCCAUGA